UGUAAACUAUAAUGUAGCGUGUGUUUGUUUGCAAUUUUUUGGUGCCUAUACUUGGCAGUUGGCUCUGUAGCGAGUCAGUUGACUUCGGGCUAGGUGCUUUAGAGAGAAGCGUAGACGAGUAUGGUCUCGCUAGCUGAGCGAGUACCUGAGGCGGUAUCCAGCUCCGGAAGUCCUUCGCCAACAGGUGAGCUAGCCAAAGCGUCAGUGAAGCGUGCAGCCCACGUCGAGCGGAGGCGGUUACCGGAUAAGAGUGACGAGGGAUAUGAUUUCCUUGAUGAUGAUGCCAUUGAUGGUGGAAGCGCUGCUAAGAGCCAGUUUGCAGUUGGAAGCAUGCCGUUCAAAGAUGAUAUAAUGAUGCUGGAUGAUGAUGUCAUCUUCUCCGACUGGAGUGUUCCAGACAUGAAGAGUCAGCUUGUACGACUAUUUGAUAUCCGUAAACAACAAGUUGAAGAUUUGAAGAACCUACGGUAUGGCAUUGAUAGACUGCGUGAUCGGCUAGCAAGUCCACUGAGUGAUAGUAAUGUGCUUAGUGACUUUGCACUGAUCUGUGACAACUGCUGCUUACUCAAACCUUGUAUUGAGACGUAUCCACCUUGUCACUGGCAAAGACAUCCCAUGAAGGUGCUGCUGUGUCUGGAGUGCCUGAUACAAUGGAUGGACGGCUCCUGGUUUCAUAACCGCUCCCUGGCUGUGUCUCUUGAGAUGACAAACAGACACAUUGCAAACCUUACACAUCUGGUGAUGGAAUUGGAGAAGGAAAAGGAAGAAGUGGCCCAUCAACAGCAUCAUCACCCGACACAUCCGUUAUCCAUUACUGCCCAUACUGACCCCAGUGUCCCUGCGUUGUCAUUGACACCCGCAUCACCACGACAACAGAGAUCACCUAACAGAAGUUCAACAACAAGUGAUGACUUUGAUCCAAUACAGGAGGAUACCGAGCAAAGAAGAAAAGCGGUGGAUGCGUUACAUGCAUCCUGGACAGACUUGCUGCACAUGUCGGCAUUAUCUCCGAAUACAUGGUCACAGCUUGUUGCCAUGGGAAUAUUGAGCGCUGACGACAGCAACGAUCUCCUUGACGUACACGACAAGUCCAAUCCACAGCUUUCAAAUCAAUGUCUACUGACCAUCAUACAGGCCAAGCCGCAUAGUAUCAUCAACUCGUUCUUGCAAUUUGCUGAUCAACUGAGAAAAGACCUACUCACUGAACUGUCAGUUCGACAGAAAAGUCGCGGCAGGGCCCGAUCUGUGUCUCCGACUGCAACUGAAGAUCCUGAGUUGUCGCAAAGAUCUCACCUUGGUCCAUCCCAGCUCUCAGGCCGGAUACACAUGCCAACAAGAAGCUUAGUUGCUGCAACGUACACAUGGAAGAUACUGAUGAAUGAUCGGAGUGUUGACAAACUAAAACUAUGGAGAGGAUUGGAUGCGAUCGGCUUUCUAGAACUCUCAAUCAAACUAGUUGGUCAUCGGCAUCAUGACAACGGCAUUGAAGUCACGGUCCUGAAAGGCUAUGACUUUAAGUGCUGGUCCCGGCUCCGGAAAAAGCCAAAUUUCUCUAUCUACGUCAAGUGUUUCGUGACGUUUGAACACAAUGAGCGCAAAGCUGACAAGAUGAAAACACAGCGAGCUGAGCCGCGUCGUGAGCCUGUGUUUGGAUCAGUGCUCGCAUCACCUCUAGUGCCGCGCUAUAUUGAUGAUAUGCGAUUGCUCAAGGUACAGAUUUGGGAGUAUUCAGGUCGGUUUCACCGUCGUCUGCCAGUCGGCCAUGCCACAAUCGAUCUUGUGCGACUUCGCUUGGACAACACUCUCAUUGGUUCUUAUCCAAUGUUUGUACCACCUCCAGAGUCACUGGACGCAUCAUCUGUUGUCGGCGAGGAUGCCCAGUUUGAUCGCUCUCUGUCUUUUAUGCGUCCAGAGUUUGUACGCUCCCUGUAUGAAGCAAUGACGCCUGUGCCUGAUGCCGAUGACACGAUGUUUUCUGGCAAUAGUAUUGACGGAAUGCUGGACGAUAGCCUGUUCAAGACUACCGAUGGUCAUGGCGGCUCUGCUGGCGGCGUGGGAAUGUUGGGUGUUGCGGUGUUGCCUGCUCAUGUUCGCCAUAACACCGCUGACACCACGCAUGGUUCAAUGGUUGUAGAGUGGAACAGCAGUGGGGAGGAGAGAGAUGAUGUACAAGAAGAGAAUGAUGUCAUCAAGGAGCUGGAUGAUGUCAUUGCUUCUGCUGAUGCAUCUUCAACUGCAGAGCCCAUUCAGUAUGGCAAAGACUACUACCCAGAACUCAAGGCUGUUACUGCUGGUGCUGAUGCUGACAAAGUUAUCAAAGAGAAAGAUAAUGUUGAUGAGUACGACGGCGAUGAUGAUGAUGAUGAUGACGAUGGUGAUGAUGUGGAUUUGAACUGGCAUUCUCUAUAUGCCUAUCACCCGAGUGGUGCGUUUACACUAUGAACUGUGUGAACAUUCGGUCCAUAGGGCCAGUGUGCCUGUGUGCCAGUGUGCUAGUAUGUAUGUGUGCCAGUGUGUGUCUGUGUGCCUGUGUGCCUGUGUGCCUGUGUGUCUGUGUACCAGUAUGGCUGUGUGUAUGUGUGUCUGUGUGCCUGUGUGCCUGUGUGGCUGUGUGGCUGUGUGGCUAAGACAAGCUAGCUGGGCAAACACAACACUGAAUUAUCCAAAGUGCCCGCAUGCGGGUGGCUAGCGCAUGUGGCUAGCGCAAGCUAACUGAGCCUGUACUCAAUGCCGAUGCGUCCGCCAUUACCAGCUACUCUCUUCUGGUCCGCCAUUACCAGCUGCUCUCUUCUGGUCCGCCAUUACCAGCUGCUCUCUUCUAGUCCGCCAUUACCAGCUGCUCUCUUCUGGUCCGCCAUUACCAGCUGCUCCCUUCUGGUCCGCCAUUACCAGCUGCUCUCUUCUGGUCCGCCAUUACCAGCUACUCUCUUCUUGUCCGCCAUUACCAGCUACUCUCUUCUUGUCCACCAUUACCAGCUACUCUCUUCUGGUCAGCCAUUACCGGCAGCUCUCUUCUUUGUGUCAGCCAUUACUAGCAGCUCUCUUCUUUGUGUUAGUCAUUACCAGCUAACCGUCAGGCUUUUCCGUACCAAUCAUUUACUAGUACUAGCUAACUGUCAGGCCUCAUCAUUUACUAGGUAACUGCCGCUCCGUAUCUAUCAUUGCAGCUACUGUUGUAGUGUUGUAUGUAUGCCAUGUGCACUGCAUAGAGUUGAAAUUACCGCCUUUUGCAUGCUGUCUUGAUCCAUCCCUAUUCCACCGUUGACUUUAGUCUGGAGACUCAGUAUGCCUCCUACCUUUUUAGCUUCUGAACUCCACAGCAUUUCCAGCAGCCGUAUAUUAUUAUAGCCAUGGUGCUAAGCCUGCCAGUUGUUUAUCCGAUUGUGACGUGAACUGAAUAAUGUAACAAACAAACACAA